CAAUGGCAGCCAUUACUAUUUCUUCACCAAAAUCCACCAUUUUGCAAAACCAUAUCUCUCACAGAGAACCCAGUUCUAGCUUUCUUGGUGGUUCCUUUAAGGGUCUUUGUUUGCAAUUCAAACCCAGAAACAAGAAAAAAGAUGCCACCAAUUUGGUGGUUGCUUCAGCAAAACUCACCACCAAAGAAAGCAUCAGUAGCACUAGGUCAGGAGGUGACCGGUUUUACAUAAACUUCACUGGUUUUCCUUUUCCUCUGGGACCUUUUCUCAAUAGGAGCACUACUAGGACUGAGGCUGUGAAAGGUUCCAUAUGGUUAUUUGAGCAAGAGCAAGCAUUAGGCUUCAGCAGUGUGUCAACGAACAUUAGAAUGACAGUAGUGAAACUUAAAUCUGGAGGAUUAUGGGUCCAUGCACCCAUUGCUCCAACCAAGGAGUGUAUUCAGCUUCUGAAGGAGUUGGGGGCACCUGUAGAAUACAUAGUGCUGCCUACAUUUGCUUAUGAGCACAAAAUAUUUGUUGGUCCAUUUUCUAGAGCGUUCCCUCGAGCUCAGGUAUGGGUGGCACCAAGGCAGUGGAGUUGGCCUUUGAAUCUGCCACUGGAGUUUUUUGGGAUCUUUCGUGCUAAAACCUUACAAGAUGAAGAUUUGUCCACACCAUGGGCUAAUGAGAUUGAGCAGAAAGUUCUAAGUUCUCCAGAAGUCGGUAUUGGACCCUAUGUGGAGGUAGCUUUCUAUCAUAAGCCUUCGAGAACUCUACUGGUGACAGAUGCUGUAAUUUUUGUGCCACGGCAGCCACCUGAUUGUAUUAGCAAGGAAUCGUUGCUGGCAUCUGCAAAGAAUGGUUUGGCUGUGAAAAUUCUAAGUAAAGGAAAAGAGGUAUCAGAUGAACCAGUCAUAGACAACAAGAUGAACCGUCAAAAAGGAUGGGAAAGAAUGGUUUUGCAAAUUUUGUUUCUUGGUCCAUCAAACCUGUUGGAACCUAAAGCUAGCUUCUCACAGAUGUCACAAAAGCUGAUUGUUUCACCCAUUGUGAAGACUCUUGUCUUCAGCAAGGUUCCGGAAAAGGUCAGGGAUUGGAUUGACAGAAUUUCACGGGACUGGAGGUUCAGGAGGAUAAUCCCUGCUCAUUUUGCUGCACCAGUUAAUGCAAGCAGGUCUGACUUCCUAGCUGCAUUUGCCUUUUUGGAUGAUCUGUUGGAUGAACGUUAUGCCACUCGGCCUUCACUCUCUUCUCUCUUCACAUCCCUAAUGGGAAAGGCGGCUAGUUACUUUCCUCCCGAUGACAUGAAAACUUUAUCAUCUCUCGAUCAGUUUUUGGUCUCAGUGGGAGCUGUGAAGAAGACUGUCUCAGGUCGGAAAAGAUGACACAAAAAUGGAUAGGAGUUUCACCUGUUGAAUUACCAUCCUGUAAAGUACAAAAAUUUUGUCC